AGUUUCUAGCAGACGAAGAGCUGAGGAACAAUUCGAAAGCGACCGGUCGGCGUGAUUAUUGAAAUUUUCUGUCAAAUAAUAUCCAAUUGUGUUUCGCCAAAAUUAGAUUUCUGUAAGCCACCGAUGUCCAGUUUUAAGUUAGUCUCGAAAAAUCAUUUCUAAGACACUAAAAAAAUGGCUAACUUGAAUUUGAAUCAAUAUUUACGUGAGAUUCAAUCUUCAUGGCAAUCUCGAAGUGGAACUGAAGUUUCAGAACUCCUGUCAUUCAAUCACCCACAUGUUAUGAGCUCCAAACUUAUUUUGGAGGGAUUUGAAAAGUCUGUUGAAAGAAUCGUGGAAGCUCCUUUUGAUGAGAUUGUUGUCCUUCAUCUCAGAUGCUUAAGCUAUAUCAACCAGCAAAAGUAUUUAGAAGCAUACUCUGAGCAAAGUGCUUUGGUACAGGCGUUUACAAAGCUCUUUCAGACACAGAAGGAAGACAACUGGGCUUUAUUCAUCAUGUAUGUCAUAAGUUUAGAUUUGCGUAUGUUUGCAAUCAAAGCAGACAAAGAAUUGGCCAAAAAAGGAGCAGACAAACCAGGACAAACACUUGAAAAGGCUGCAGAGUGCCUCAUGGGACUUUUUAGAGUGUGUGCUGCUGACAAUCGGUCAUCUGAUGAAGAUACAAAACGCUGGGGAAUGCUGUAUUUGGUCAACCAGCUGUUGAAAAUCUACUUUAGAAUAAACAAAUUGCAUCUUUGUAAGGCUCUUAUUCGCGCAAUUGAUGCCUCCCAGUUCAAGGACCAGUUCUCCCUCAGCCAACAAGUGACUUACCGAUACUAUGUCGGCAGAAAGGCCAUUUUCGAAAGUGAUUUCAAAAGCGCUGAGAAAUAUUUAUCCUACGCGUUUGAGCGGUGUCACAAGAACUGCCGCGCCAACAAACGACUGAUUUUAAUCUACCUGAUUCCCGUCAAAAUGCUUUUGGGUCAUCUUCCUACAACCCAAUUGCUGAGAAAGUAUGACCUUCUACAGUUUAGCGAAGUGGUGCAAGCUGUUAGGGAGGGUAAUCUCCGGAGACUCAACAAUGCCCUUCUUCAACACGAUGCCUUUUUCAUUCGCUGCGGUGUUUAUUUGAUUCUUGAAAAGUUAAAAGUCACCACCUACAGAAACUUGUUUAAGAAAGUAACUUUGCUCAUGAAAACUCAUCAAAUCCCGAUCGAAGCCUAUCUUGAGGCCUUAAAAUUCAUGGGAGUUGAAGACAUAGACUUGGACGAGACGCAAUGUAUCAUUGCAAACCUCAUCUUUGAGAACAAAAUCAAAGGGUACAUUUCCAACAGCCACAACAAGCUGGUAAUCAGCAAGCAGAAUGCGUUCCCAUCGCUGGCUGCUAUCGUAUAAGUUGGAUCUAAUAUCUCUUACACACACCUGUUUUCGCGACUAAUUGAAACAAAAUAAUAAAUUUCUUAUUGAACGAA